GCCCCCCGGUGGUGGUGCCGGCUCCGGCGUGGUCGCGGGGCGGGCCGAGCCGAGGGGAGCUGAGCGCGCCGCACGCCGCCCAGCGCGAAGAUGGCAGCGGGGGAGCCGCAAGCCAAGAAGCUCAAGCUGGAGCAAAAGCAACUGAGUGAAAAUGUCCUGUUUGGAAUGGGAAAUCCUCUGCUCGAUAUCUGUGCAGUUGUAGACAAGGACUUCCUUGACAAGUAUGGGCUGAAGCCAAAUGACCAAAUUUUGGCAGAGGAGAAGCACAAAGAACUAUUUGAAGAACUUGUGAAGAAGUUCAAAGUAGAAUAUCAUGCUGGUGGUUCUACUCAGAAUUCCGUUAAAGUGGCCCAGUGGAUGAUCCAGAGCCCUUACAAAGCUGCAACUUUCUUUGGGUGCAUAGGCAAAGAUAAAUUCGGAGAGAUCUUAAAGAAGAAGGCUGAAGAAGCUCAUGUGGAUGCCCAUUACUAUGAGCAGAGUGAAGAACCAACAGGAACUUGUGCUGCUUGCAUCACUAGUGAUAACAGGUCUCUUGUAGCUAACCUUGCUGCUGCUAAUUGCUAUAAGAAGGAAAAGCAUCUUGAUUUGGAGAAGAACUGGAAGUUGGUGGAAAAGGCCAAAGUUUAUUAUAUAGCAGGAUUCUUCCUGACGGUGUCACCAGAGGCAGUAUUAAAAGUGGCUGCUCAGGCUUCUGCAAACAACAAGAUCUUCAGCUUGAAUCUUUCUGCACCAUUUAUUAGCCAGUUCUACAAGGAGCCUAUGAUGAAAGUCAUGCCUUAUGUUGAUGUCCUUUUUGGAAACGAGACGGAAGCUGCCACUUUUGCUAGAGAGCAAGGCUUUGAGACUGAAGAUAUUAAAGAGAUAGCCCGCAAGACACAAGCCCUGCCAAAGGUGAACACUAAAAGGCAACGAAUCGUAGUCUUUACCCAGGGGAAAGAUGACACUGUAAUGGCUACAGAAAAUGAAGUGACUACUUUCCCUGUGUUGGUGAGUGAUCAGAGUGAAAUUGUGGAUACCAAUGGAGCUGGAGAUGCAUUUGUUGGAGGCUUUCUCUCACAGCUCGUCUAUGACCGGCCAGUGACUGAGUGCAUCCGGGCUGGACAUUACGCAGCCAGCGUGAUUAUCAAGCGUUCAGGUUGCACCUUCCCAGAGAAGCCUGACUUCCACUGAUACUGGUGAAUUGGAGGGAUCAAGAGUGACUCCCAGGUUGCCAUGGGAUUUCUGCCUAAAUUUUUCCUCCUUCCCUUUCCUCACCUUUCCAAUUACCUGCAUCAACGCUUCUGUACUUCUCUUUGUUGUAUUCUAACCAAAAUAUGUAUUUCUACAGUGUUCUCCCUUUCAUACCACUACAAUGUCUCAGUAGUCUUAACUUUUGGAAACAGUGCUAAGUGAAGCUUGUCCUCUCAUCCAUCAGGAAAAAAUGUUCUAUUUACACAGUUUAUAAGGAAGUCCCUUGUAAAUGACACUGCUGAUUAACACCAUAAAAUACUUUGGUUGAAUCACCUACUUUGUAUCCAGCUGUGGCCAAAUCCUGCUCAGCUUACAUGAAAUCGACAGACCUGACUUUAUUUGUCACUUAACGUUGUAAACAAAGAAUUGUUAUUUCUAUAUAGUGGAGUCAUACUAGUGUAAAGAGUAGUGUAAAUGUCUCAAGAACUUCCCUAUGUAUUCAAGUGUACAUGAUCUGGCCAUCAGAUCCAGCCCAGGAGCCACAAAAGUGAGUAGUAAUUUUGUCAGUAAUUUAAGGACCUGAUCCAGAGCUGUCAUUCAGUUGUCUUGUGCUGCUGCUAGUAGCUUUGGGUCUGGCAUGUGAGAGCAGGGUCUGGCCACUCCAGGUACAGUCACAUUCAUCUGUCAGGUGAGCUAGCAGAUAGGUACUUUCAGUGAUUUCAGGGCAGAUAUGUGAGUUGUUGAUGAACAUAAACAUACAGAUAGAUCCUAUCUCCUUCAUGUUAGCUUUCUAGAGGCUGUAUUAAGGUACACAUAGUGAAAAUGAGGUACAGAAAUAUUUAUGCAGGAUAUAUUGACAGGAUAUGCCAAAUGGAAUCUCUGAAACGCACAUUUUUAAACUUUUAAUUUACUUUGGAUAAUUAAGCAAUAUGGUGGAUUUUGUUUGUAUUUACAGUAUUCAAAGAGAUGAUCUGACACUGCAUUCAUUACUUUGCUAUGUAAUUUGAUACUGAUAAAUAAAAAAUUGUCAUACAG